GCCCGUUUAUAGCAGUGACCUGGGUAGGGGGGGACUGGCGUCUUUAAUCAAUGACCAUGUCCUUCGUUUUUGAUACAUUCAUGUAAGUGAGCACUCUCACACCAGGCUAUAAAAUCGUUUAAGACGGGUCCAUGCUCAGAUUCUUUUCCAUUUAAAAGACUAACAAUAGCUGAGUCAUCUGCAAACUUUAAAAUAUGUCUGUUUGUGUGCUGGGUACGACAGUCAUCAGUGUGUGUAUAGGAUGUAUAAAAGAGGGGACAGGACACAACCCUGUGGUGACCCUGUAGAGGACAGUGUCUCUUCUGAGAGUAUCCCAUUCAUCCUCACUCUCAGAGUUCUAUCCGUUAAAAAAUCCAAUCCUCAACUAAAGUCUAAAUUAAAAUUCCUUAACAGCUUAUCUACUAAAGUGUGUGGUUGAAUAGUGUUAAAAGCUGAUGAAAAAUCAACAAAUACAAUUUUGGCAUGAGUGUUGCUACCGUCAAGGUGCUCAAGUAUCAGGUUAAGCAGAGUGGCUGUAGCAUCCUCAACCCCUCGCCUGGCCCUAUAAGCUAAUUGUUGUGGGUCCAAUAGAUUCUCUGUUUUGAUAAGGAGCACCUUUUUCUUUAGUUUUAUUAUACAAUUACCUUUUAUUAUAUAUAUUUUGUUAUAUAAGUCUCACCUUUCCUACUUGUGUUUCUCAUAUACAAUGUUGGAGGAGCCCAAGACUAGAGAAUUGCAUUGCCAGCGACUGCUCUGUAAUUGUUGUGCAUAUAUAUGACGAUAAAAACAUCUUGAAUCACUACAGUGUGUACACACUCACUCACUCACUCUCACUCUCUCACACACACACACACUCUAGAGCUUAGAGAAAUCAGAGUAUGCAAUUUAUUGUCAUGAGGUGUAAUCUCCCUGCGAAGCCCCGCCUUCUCCAAUGAUUUAAGAAAGCUGGCUCCGUGACGAAGGGGGAUAUUACUUCCACAGGCAACAGUGAAUUUGCAGGGCGUUCAAAGCCGCGACUGAACCGGCUUGGCAGUGUAAUAAUGUCUGUGUCCUUAGUGGGGAUUGACAACGAUUCUGUGCAAAUGAAAGAAUAUGCCUUGUGUGUGUUUCCUUCUUUAUGUGGAAAGCAGCAGACCCCAGACACUAUAUCAAUCAAGGUUGAAGAGGAUGUUGAUGGAGGCAUGCACGCUGGAGAAGACGGCAAUGACAUCAGAGACUGCAGCACGCAGCGCGGCGCCACCUCGGAGAGUCUGCGUGUGGACGCCCUUAGCUCCUCCGACAUGGCCCGUCACAACGGGGAGCUGCGGAUCCUGAGCGUUUACGGACAAGGGGAGGGCCCUCUGGCGAUGGACGGCCAUGAUACUCUCAUCGCCCCGUCAGAACUGGAGGCCUUGAGCUCGCUGUCGGCGGACCGCAGCGUGGCCGAGAGCCUGGAGCGUAGCGUGCGGCUCGUCCGCCUUGAGGAGCUGACUGGGCAUCAGGGCGGCCGCAAGGGCCGGCCCGGUGUCUUGUGUGGCAAGGUUUUUCCCAAUAAUGCCAAUAUGAUCGUCCACAUGAGAACCCAACCCGACGAUAAGCCGUACGGGUGCGACCAAUGCACGAAGCGCUUCAGACUGCAACGCGACCUGAAGAUCCACAUGCUGACUCACACCGGUGAGCAGACCUACAGUUGUGACCAAUGCACGAAGAGCUUCAGUCGGACAUCGUACCUGAAUCGCCACAUGAGGACUCACACCGGGGAAAAGCCCUACAAGUGUGACCAAUGCACGAAGAGCUUCGGACAGAAAGGCACCCUGAAGAUCCACAUGAGGACUCACAUCGGCGAGAAGCCCUACAAGUGUGACCAAUGCACGAAGAGCUUCAGACUACAACGCGACCUGAAGAUUCACACGCUGACUCACACUGGCGAGAAGCCCUACAGCUGUGAACAAUGCACGAAGAGCUUCAGUCAGGCAUCCUAUCUGAUUCGCCACAUGAGGACUCACACCGGGGAAAAGCCCUACAAGUGUGACCAAUGCACGAAGAGCUUCGGACAGAAAGGCACCCUGAAUCUUCACAUGAGGACUCACACCCGCGAGAAGCCCUACCAAUGUGACCAAUGCACAAAGAGCUUCAGACAGCAUUGCUACCUAAAGAUCCACAUGAGGACUCACACCGGGGAAAAGCCCUACAAGUGUGACCAAUGCACGAUGCGCUUCAGUCUGACAGGCACCCUGAAGCUCCACAUGAGGACUCACACCGGGGAGAUGCCCUACAAAUGUGACCAAUGCACUAAUUGCUUCAGUCAGAAAAGCUACCUGAAGAGCCACAUGUGGACUCACUCCGGGGAGAAGCCCUACAAGUGUGACCAUUGCACGAAGCGCUUCAGCCGGAAAGGCAACCUGAAGAUCCACAUGAGGACUCACUCCGGCGAGAAGCCCUACAGGUGUGAUCAAUGCACUAUGCGCUUUAAUCAGAGCUGCAAACUGAAAAUCCACAUGAGGAAUCACACCGGGGAGAAGCCCUACAAGUCGUACGGGUGCGACCAAUGCACGAAGCGCUUCAGUCGGAAAGGCAAGCUGAAGAUCCACAUGAAGACUCACACCGGAGAGAAGCCCUACAUGUGUGACCAAUGCACGAAGAGCUUCAGUCAUCGCUACUUGCUGAAGAUCCACAUGAGGACUCACACCGGCGAGAAGCCGUACGGGUGCGACCAAUGCAUGAAGAGCUUCAGUCAGAGCAGCUAUCUGAAGAUCCACAUGAGGACUCACACCGGGGCGAAGCCCUACCGGUGCGACCAAUGCACGAAGCGCUUCAGUCACAGCCUCUAUCUGAAGAGCCACAUGAGGACUCACACCGGCGAGAAGCCGUACGGGUGCGACCAAUGCAUGAAGAGCUUCAGUCAGAGCAGCUAUCUGAAGAUCCACAUGAGGACUCACACCGGGGCGAAGCCCUACAGGUGCGACCAAUGCACGAAGCGCUUCAGUGGGAAAGUAAACUUGGAGAUCCACAUGAGGACUCACACCGGAGAGAAGCCCUACAAGUGUGACCAUUGCGCAAAGCACUUCAGACAAACAAGCGCCCUUCAGAGCCACAUUAGGACUCACACCGGGGAGAAGCCCUACAAGUGUGACCAUUGCGCAAAGCGCUUCAGACAGACAAGCCAGCUUAAGGGCCACGUGAGGACUCACACCGGGGAGAAGCCCUACAAGUGUGACCAUUGCGCAAAGCGCUUCAGACAGAUAAGCCAGCUUAAGUGCCACGUGAGGGCUCACACCGGGGAGAAGCCCUACAAGUGUGACCAUUGCGCAAAGGGCUACGGACAUUCAAGCCAUCUUAAGAGCCACAUGAGGACUCACACCGGCGAAAUGCCCUACAAGUGUGACCAAUGCGCGAAGCGCUUCGGACAGACAAGCCAUCUUAAGAGCCACAUGUGGACUCACACCGGGGAGAAGCCCUUCAAGUGUGACCAUUGCGCAAAGAGCUUCGGGCAGACAAGCCAGCUUAAGAGCCACAUGAGGACUCACACUGGCGAGAUGCCCUACAAGUGUGACCAAUGCGAAAAGCGCUUCAGAGAGUCAAGCCAGCUUAAGAGGCACAUGUGGACUCACACCGGCGAGAUGCCCUACAAGUGUGACCAAUGCGCAAAGCGCUUUGUACAGACAAGCCAGCUUAAGAGCCACAUGUGGACUCACACCGGGGAGAAGCCCUACAAGUGUGACCAAUGCGCAAAGUGCUUCGAAAAGACAAGCACCCUUCAGAUCCACAUGAGGACUCACACCGGGGAGAAGCCCUACAAGUGUGACCAAUGCGCAAAGCGCUUCAGACAGAGUGGCAGCCUGAAUGUCCACAUUAGGACUCACACCGGCGAGAAGCCCUACAAGUGUGACCAAUGCACGAAGCGCUUCAGUCACAGUUGCUAUCUGAAGAGCCACAUGAGGACUCACACCAGAGAGAAGCCCUACAGGUCUGAACAAAUGCCCGAAGCUCUUCACUCAGAAAAGGCCCCUGGAGGACCACAUGUGUUAUGUAUUUUAAGCACAUAAGCUGCCCCCACAUAGCCAUUAGGAAGCAGGAUCGAACACACAAGCUGCAUUACCCUCACACAGCCACAAGGGAGCAGGAUCGAACACACAAGCUGUAACAUCUACCCCAGCUACAGAAGGCAGCAUCUUUAAGACAGACGCGGAAGCCGCAUCUAAGAGCUAGACCACGCCCACUUCACAUUUCAGCGACCGGAGCCAGAGGAGGUCAGAGACUCACAGGCGCCCCGCAGAGAGCCUCGGGCCUAAGCCCGGGGCUCGAAGUAGCUCACGGUAUUUCUCUCUGCUAGUGUUGGAUACAAUUCCCACCCUUUUGCUUCAUAGUUACCAUACCGGAAUACUUAAACAAAUGAAGUGAGUUAAAAGCGACCCGUUUCGAAAAAAACUUUCAACAAGAGCACGACAAUUGCCACAUGAGGACUCACUCCGGGGAGAAGCCCUACAAGUUUGACCAAUGCGCGACGCGCUUCCUUCAUGGCUCCAAGCUGAAGAUCCACAUGAGGACUCACACCGGUGAGAAGCCCUGCGUGUGUCUACUACCGCCCAGUGGCUCGAACACCUGUGAUCAUGAAAUGCUUUGAAAGGCUGGUCUUUCACCACAUCAAAGGUGAACUGAACUGAAAUAAUCAACAUCGAUAACGUUUUAGUUAUUAAAAUCGGCUCCGGGUAGACGGGACCUGAAAGACGCUGAAGAUAAACUUUGGGAGAUACACCCGCGGAUGAGCAUAGAUGCGAGGCGGAUUCACGAGUGUCACGUUUACUUUAGGUGGAUGUUAGAGGUUUACUUUCUGGUGGAUGUUGAUGGAUAUUGCACAGAUGGAUACUGCACAGAUAAAUCUUACUAUGAAACUACUUCUUCGAGUUUAACUCCCUCUGCAUCAGCAAUCGGGUAGUCGGCGAACAACAGGGUGAGUAGAAAGGGACCUUUGUGGAACUUCUGUUUACUUACCCGCCGUAGUUUAAUUAGCAGCUUGGAAACAUAGAUCUGUGAUAUCGUCUGAGUAAUAGUUUGUACACUUUAUGGUCGGAGUGCUAGCUUGUGGAGAUUGACAGUCAUGACGGGGGCUGAUUUACAUCGGAGGGUUAUUCCGUUUUAAGGCUGCCAGCCAUGUAUUAAGGGCUGGUUUCCUAUUCAAAGGUAGCCUGUAGAAAUGCAUGAUUACCCCAACUGCCUUGGCCCUAUAUAAUUCAUUAAUGCAGCCAGGGGCAAUGCAGUAUGAUCCUCCUGUAGACCUGGUUGUUUUAUUUUCCGUAGCCAGUUCAGCGAGCCUCAGAGCCUGACUCAUUACCUGCUAUGGCUGCUAGAGCCACAUAGUAGGAGUAGGUUACCAUGCCAGUGACGUAGCUGAAUGUUGAAUCCAACAUGGCUGCGCCCUGUAAAACGUUCACCCCUUCACCGUACAAUUUAAUCCCUUUUAGCAAGUUCAGCCCUUUUAUUUAUGACAAAGGCAGACAAUACAUCUGUUAUAUCAACUAAACUUCAAAUCUCAGUUCAGUUCAUCCUUAAAGCCCGCCUCCCCCCCAAAUGGAUCAAUGGAGGACGCCAUAGCCAUAGUUCUACAUUGUAUAAUGACAAAGUAUUCUAUUCUAUGUACAGGGUUUAUAUCAUUUAUUUAUAAUUGUAUAUAUUAAACUUGCGCUUGAUAUUUCGACACUGUCAUUACCUCUACCUUUGUUAUUAGAAAAAGCCUGCAAAGUUCACUUGUGAAAUAGACUGCAAUUAAACCCCACAUUAUACAUGAUUGUGUUCGUUUCACUUACCUUUUGGCAUGUCCUUAAUGCCAACCAUCUCUUGUUUUGACUUUCUAAUUGCUGUCUUUCUACUGCCAUUGUUUUCUAGUUCAUACCUUGUAUCACAAUAUGCGGUUAAUUUCUUUCAGAUCUCAACAGAAAAUGAUUAGAAUUUAACGUUUUCUAUCGAUUCUAUGGUGGUUGAUACCCUUCAGACCCGUUCACCCUAAAACUACUUACAGUACAUAGAUGCAUGUGAUUCAAGGAGUAAGUAGGGGUAAGACAGUGAAUAAGGAUGUGAUUUAGCAGUAGGUAGGGAUAAGACGGUGAAUAAGGAUACAUGUGAUUAAGCAGCAGGUAGGGGUUAGACAGUGAAUACAGAUAACUGGUAAUAGUAUGGAAGAAAUUAACUACAUUUUAUGAUAAACUAUGAUUAUUAUUAGGCCUAUAUAUAUCAUAUAGAUGCUUUAAUGGUGGAAGGUAGCUGAUCACCUCUCCUCUAUAAGUUGGGUUUGACACGGCGCCAGGGAGCAAGUUCACUCUGUUCCUAUCUUGUGUGCUUUUUGAAAAGUAUGCUGACAUGCACACAUGUACACCGUCGUUCUGUAUGCAUGGUGGUUAAUGUAUGUUCAAGGGUAAAGCUGUGACCUGGAAACAUAUGUUAUGUAAAUCAACAUUUUAUGUAAGUCUGACCUCGUAUUAUGUAAGGAUUGGGUACAUAAGGAGCAGGACGAGAAUCAUUCUGGAGUGUCUUUGCAAACCUCACUCGGCUUUUGUUGUUGCUUGUUUGCGGGUAACGAUAAAGUCUCUGUCAAUACUUGAUCCGGACUCCCCGAUUCUGCAUGUUAUUUUAAGUUAGUUGAAGUGAUAGAACUCGGUUAUAGUUUCUACCACAAUAGGUAGGGUUUAGACUGUGAAUAAGGAUAUAUGUGGUAACGGGUAGGGAUUUGACAGUGAAUAAGGAUAUAUGUGGUAACAGGUCGGGGUAGGCAUCUUGAUCUAAAGGGUGCUAAACGUUAGGCUGCAGUUUGGGGAUCAAACUGUUAGGUAUUUUAAGCACAUAAGCUGCCCCAACAUAGCCACUAGGAGGCAGGAUCGAACACACAAGCUGCAUUACCCCAACACAGCCACAAGGGAGCAGGAUCGAACACACAAGCUGUAUCUGCCCCAGCUACAGAAGGCAGCAUCUUUAAGACAGACACGGAAGCCGCAGCUAAGACGUCACAUAGACCACGCCCACCUCACACAGGCCACGCCCACUUGGCCCAUUCCCAGCGCCCAAAGGAGGUCAGAAUCAUAGGGGACCAGCAGAGAGCCACGGGCCUAAGCCCGGGGCGGGGCUCGAAGUAGCUCACUGUAUUUCUCUCUCACGCGUUAGAUACAAUUCCCUCCCUUUUGCUUCAUAGUUACCAUACGGAAAUACUUCAACAAAUAAAGUGAGUUAAAAGCGACCCGUAUCGAACUCACUGGUUCUUGAGAGUCGGGACAAAACAUGUCCUACAUAGAAAAGUCUUAAUUUAUAUCAAAAAUGAAGAAAUUCAUCAUGAUUGACAUACGUAUAAAGUUAAAUCUAAAGGAAUUGUAUAUACCUAUGCGAUUUUUAGAAUAUACUUUUUAUCUUUUUUGGGAAAAUUUGUUUAAAUGUAUGGUCUGUGGUUAGAAGGUCAACGUUAUUGCACUUGUCCUCAGCAAGAGGUAGCAAUGUUGACCAUCCCAAAAAACUUUAAAAAAGCUCUACAAUUGUGAAAACAUAGAUAUCAAAUAAAAAAGAAGGGGUAUAAAUAUAAAAAAACAAUGCAUGAAGUGAACGUCAAGCAAUAUUUUCCAUAGAAAUCUGCCUAUCAAAGUUGUGUCCUCAGUUUCUGUCAACUCCAUCAGAUUUUCUCAUAGGCCACAAUAAAUCAGGAAAUAGCAUGGUCAGCUAUAUCCCUGAGGACCCCUUUUCAUCUCCCUGCCUGUGGUGAAUGCAACAAUACCACACAUGCUCUGGUACGUUAUACAUUUUUUGAUAUUUUAGACAAUCAAUGUCAAGAUUCCUAUGGUCACAGCUGGACCAUGUCAAUACAAUCUUUCUGUUGAGAUUUUUUAUUUCAACCAUAGAGGAUUGAGUUUAAGCAUUUUGGUGUGGUUAUUGGGACACUUAGCAACUGAGGAAAAACUAGCUAGCUGCAGUGUACAAUACAUGCCCUUACGUCAACUCCGUCAGACGUCAAAUCCGUCAGGAUUUAUGCUUUUAGUUUUUCUUUUCAUCCCGAUUAAACGCUUUCUACUUUUGAUUCGCUUUCUGUUUUUAUUAAUUGAUGUCUGUGUUGUAUAACUUAUUUCUAGGGCACUUCUGACAGCAAAAUAUUUGAUUUAAUGUAGAGCUUGAUCAGGGGAAGAUACAGGCAGCAAAGUUGCCAAGCAUACAGUCAAUGAGACGAUGGGUGUACAUGAUUCUUAUAGGAAACGUUCACAUCGUGGGUAAAUACAAAGGAAACAAAGGUCAGGGGGAUGGGCCUUCAUGGAGUUUAGGAUUGGCCAGAGGAGAGACCAAGUUAAAUUGCAAUUCACAAUAUGGGUGGAGUGGACAUGGCUGCAAGACAGUUAAAGGAAUCUACACAACAAAGAAGUCUGGAUUUCCCUCAGUAUCAAACUUGGUGCCCACAGUUUCAAAUGCAAAACUAUCUCAACAUCUUUCAAUUAGAGAGGGCGGGAGGUAUCUCUAGGUCCAUGGAGAAUGGAUAGAAAUUCAUUGAAAUUGACUAAUUAUUCACACAGGGUUCAUAUAAUUUGUGUAUUAAAGUCUGCUUGAUAUUACCACAACACUGUCAUUACCGUUAUCUUUUAUUACAAAAAGCCUGCAAAGUUCACUUGUGAAAUAGACUGCGAUUGAACCCUACAUUAUACAUGAUUGUGUUCAUUCCACUUACCUUUCCAUUCUGUGCGCUUAAUGCUAACUACCUAGGAUGGAUUGUCUCAUAAUAGGCGAUAAUGGUUGAAGAUGAUCCAUUUUAAAAGGUCCCUGGUUAAAUGUCUAGAUCUCAGUGAUGCUCAGUUUAAGCCGGUCCUCCCUCUAGAAUGCAGCAUUAUUCUAACGGGACAAAGUCAGAAGAUUCCUAGUAUUGGUCCCCCUUCACUCCCUGUUUGCAGCGGCGGCUGGUGAUCCAAUUCGUGGGUGGGGUGCAGUAAUGGACGGGGGUCCUCCCCAAGAAAAUAUAGAAUUGGUUUCUGGGAUGCCCACUAGCUAAAAAUGUAUUCUGAUUCAUAGCCUACAUCCUUACUUGCAGGGCCUGGACAAGCUUACACUGCUUUCACUUUCAUUCCACUAGCCGUUGCUAUUUGACCCAUGGUUGUUAUUCUGAUAUUGAGGCAUAUCAUGAUCAUUUUUGAAUACUACAUGCCGAAAGACUUAAUUAAUAUGCAAUUUACUUGUACCUUUUAAGUAUAACAUUGCAUGAGGAGUCCAAUUCCUCCACUGAAAUGGGUAGAAAGUGCUUUUACGACUCUCUUCUAACUAUCUAUCACUUCUCUCUGCAUGUAGUCAUGUUGCGCAAUGCACGAAAGCUGCUGAGGGAGGUAGCCUAUUUGAUUCAUUGGCUGAAUUGUCCAAUCAGCUCCAAAUUACUACAAUGAGUUGAAACACAAGACACAGUGUAGUGUCAAGUGUUUCUUUAAUACACUUGGUAGGAUAACAAACCUACCAUGAUUAAUCGUUCCUUUUGUCGUGUGGUCAUGUACAGGGGUUGGGUUUGUGUCGGGUCUCUUCUUUUUCUGUUUACUAAUUAUUUGUGUGUGUGUGUGUGUGUGUGUGUGUGUGUGUGUGUGUGUGUGUGUGUGUGUGUGUGUGUGUGUGUGUGUGUGUGUGUGUGUGUGUGUGUGUGUGUGUGUGUGUGUGUAGAAAGUUCCUAAACCAGAGGGAAACUUUGAACCAAUGCAAAAGGCUUAAAAUGUCCCACAAUAUCAAAACUAAAAAAAUCUUCAGAAAAAAAUAAUGAAUUGUUAUGAGCUGGAACAGUGAAUUUCUGUUUCUCUUGUUUGAUGGUUUCGGUUAAUCUGUUCAAAUAUUGUGUUAUUGUUUGGUCCCAAAGCUUUGAUUUCUUUUAACAUAUGAGCUGAACAUCUUCAUCAUCAUCAUCAU